UCACAGGAACUCCUUGAUCAGUUAGAAAGAGAGGAGAUUCCAGCUCAUAUUCGGGAAGCCAGAUUAGAAGCUCUGAAAAAACAGAGCACUGAUCUUCAGCUCAUGAAAGAAAAGCAGCAUGGUCUAUAUACAGAGAUUCCGGUGGAGAAAGGAUUUCUAGAUUUAACUACACAAGAAGAGAGGUGUGUUGUACACUUUUUUCAUGAAGAUUUCAGGAGAUGUGCAAUCAUGGAUACACACAUAGAGGCCUUGACAAAGAAAUAUUUUGAAACAAAGUUUGCCAAAAUAAAUGUAGAUAAAGCAAAGUACUUUGUGGAGAAGCUUAAAAUUCGAGUAUUACCAGCUGUGUUGUGUUUCAAAAAUGGACAAGUUGUAGACAGGAUAAUUGGUUUUGAAGAACUUGGGAACACAGACAGCUUUCCUACCUCAGUUUUAGAAAAAAGACUUGGGAAAUCAGGUGUAAUAGACGUCCCCGAUGUCAGACCCACAAAUAAAACUGUGUUUGGUUUUAACAAACCAUCAGAAGACUGUAGUAGUGAUGAUGAUGAUUAUUAAAAGAUUUUUAUUUUAA